AAGAAAAAGAAAACAAAAUAAACAGCUUCUUUUUUUCAAAAAAGCUUUUAAAUUGCACAUUCAAUGGACAAUUGAGCCUGAAAAAGCUAAAGAAAAAGAAGAGAGACACACAGCACACAGCAUCAACCAUUAAUCAUUCCAAACACAAUCCUCAGAGGAAACCAUCACCAUCUCCCUCCCCUGCCAUUCAAUCAAACCCUUCUUUUUCAGUAAUGAGGCACUAGUAACUGAUGAAUCCCAUUUUUAUAUUCUCUCUCCUCCUCUCUCUCUUCCCCUUAAAUAGAAAGAGUCAGGGAGUUGAAUUGGGUCGGCUAAGGAUUCAAUAAAAAUGCUAGAUCCAGUCAACGAUUUGCUCCCUCCACCCUCUUCCCCUACCAUCUCAUCCGUUUCUUCUUCCGAUCUUGACACUGAGUCGACAGGGUCAUUCUUCCAUGACCGAAGCACGACAUUGGGAACCCUAAUGGGUGUGAGCUUCCCCGCCAUUACAUUCAGGGCCAACUCGCAGCAAAACCGCGACGCCCGCGCCUCCCCUGCCGUCUCCGUCUCCCGCGUUAAGCCCAACAGCAGGAAGAAAAGGGGCCUGGCGGCUAAUACGGCUGCAGCGGCAGCUGUGGCGGAGCGGCGACGGAGAAAGUGGUGGCGGCUCUGCAGGGAUGGGGGAGACGGGAAGCCAGCUUCACUCGGAGAGUAUCUGGAAGUGGAGCGGAGGUUCGGGGACGGGGCAUUGUUCGGAGCUGCGGCGGAGCUGGAGAGCGUCAUGGUGAGCCAGCAGCGAUCCAGUGACGGACGCGUUUUGUUCGCCGACGGAAGAGUCCUGCCUCCGGCCGUCGCUGACGUGGAGGAAGAUAACUCCACAGCUGGGGCGCUCUGUCGGUUCCCGGUUUCUCUCGGCAGGAUCUGCAGUGGGUGCGUAGGUUAAAAUUCAGGUGCCUUCAUUUAAUUUUCUAUUUUAUUUUUACAUAAUAAUCUAUUAAUUCCUUAAUUAUCUAUUGGCUGGUAAUUAAUUAAUUUUAAA